AUGGUCAACUCCUGUUGUGGCUGCGUCUGCCGUGAGCAGGGCUGUGGCCAGGGCUGCUCCCAGGGGACCUGCUGUGCCCCUUGCUGCCAGCCCACUGGCUACUGCCCCAGCUACUGCAUGUCCAGCUGCUGCCAUCCCAGCUGUGGUUCCAGCUGCUGCCAGCCCUCCUGCUGUGGCUCCAGUGGCUGUAGCUCCAGCUCAAACAUGGGCUGCUGCUGCCCCAGCUGCUGCCUGUUGGGCUACUGUCACCCCAGCUGUGGUUCCAGCUGCUGCCAGCGCUCCUGCUGUGGCACCAGUGGCAGUGGCUCCAGCUCCAGCUGCUGCCGCCUCAGCUGCUGCCUGUCUGACUGCUGUCGCCCCAGCUGUGGUUCCAGCUGCUGCCAGCCCAGCUUCUGCAUCUGCAGCUGCUGCCACCCCUCCUGCUAUGGCUCUAGUGGCUGUAGAACCAGCUCAAACUCAGGCUGCUGCUGCCCCAGGUGCUGCAUGUCCGGCUGCUGUCGCCCCACCUGUGGUUCCAGCUGUUGCCAGCCCAGGGGCAGCAAUUGCAAGAGCUGCCAACCCUCCUGCUGUGGCUCCAGUGGCUGUGGCUCCAGCUCCAGCAGCUGCUGCCUGCCAUCCGCCCUGCCGCCCCUCCUGCUGUGGCUUCGGUGGCUGUAG